AUGAUGGAGAUCCCAGCGGAAGCCGAGCUGUGCUUCCCACGGCUCGGCAAUACUUCCUGCAGCAAAACGCAGCGUCCUCGCCCGGUCGCCGCCUACAUGCUGCUGUCGGUCAUCUCUGUGAUCACUGUCACUCUGAACCUGCUGGUCAUCAUCUCCAUCUCUCACUUCAAGCAGCUGCGCACCCCCGCCAACCUCCUGCUGCUUUCUCUGGCCACCUCCGACUUCUUGGUGGGUUUCCUCAUGUUGUUUCAGAUUUCCCUCCUCGGCGGUUGUUGGUUCUUUGGUGACUUGAUGUGUGUUGUGUAUUAUAUUGUGGAUCACUCUGUCACAUCCGCUUCAAUUGGAAGCAUGGUGUUCAUAUCAGUCGACCGUUACGUCGCUAUCUGUGACCCUCUGUGUUACACCAUCAAGGUGACAAAAACUAGAGUGGAUAUCUCUGUUUAUUUAUGUUGGGCAACGUCAUUUGUCUUCCACUGUAUGUGUUCGCUUGACACUCUGAAGCAACCAGGCAGGUUCAACACCUGUGUAGGUGAGUGUGUGAUUGUAGUGGCGUACUUUGUAGGAAUCACAGACCUAUUUGUCUCCUUCAUAGGCCCCAUCACUGUCAUUUUGGUUCUGCACAUGAAAGUGUUUGCGGUGGUCGUGUCACAGGCGCGCGCCUUGCGCUCCUGCGCGGGGGGCGUCACAUUGCAAGGUUCAGCCACCAAGAGAUCUGAGCUGAAGGCAGCUAGGACCCUCGGCGUGGUGGUGGUAGUGUUUAUCGCGUGCAUCAUGCCAUAUUUCUGCAUUGUCAUCUCAGGCCAGGAUGUUCUGCUCAAUGCGUCGUCUACAACCUUUAUCAUCUGCUUGUUCUACUUCAACUCCUGUCUGAACCCGCUGAUCUAUGCUAUUUUCUAUCCCUGGUUCAGAAAGUCCAUUAAACUCAUUGUGACGCUGCAGAUUCUGAAGCCUGACUCUUGGCAGGCCAAUAUAAAGUAG